UCACAUCGUCAUCUAGAAAUCUCAAUUGAUCAGGUCGGCUCUCGUUGGGCUGGAAUUCAAUUGACCACUUCCCAUUGCAGCAUUCGAGCCCAUCGCGCCUGCUACAUUGCAUGACAUGACAUUUGCAUACGACAGUCGUCUCGAUCCGCUCAGAGUCCAGUCGCGGAUGGACACUUAGACCCUGUCCGUCAUGGUUCGCUCCCAGGCACGGCGAACAGAGCUUCCACGGCCGUAAUUCAAGUCGUCCGCCACGACCAUCACUCGCAUGCCCAACCAUUAAACCGCCAUUUAACUUGUCUUGCGCCGGUUGUGGCGUUCACGGAGCAGCAGGUGUCGACUGGCGGCAGAAUGGUGUCCAUGUCGCGCAUCACGACUCGACCUGCAUCCUUUCCUCAGACUCUCCACACCAUCUUCCGCACAAACGCAAGCCCACUUCUUAUUUCCCGAGUUGUUCCCUCUUCAUACAUCCUCAUCGGCAAUCCGUACUCGUUCAAGUCUCUAUCCAAUGUCGCCGUCCCACGGAGACCCUGCGCCAGGGGCCCCGGCAGCAGGCCACGGUUGGCUGGCCUCCCCCUGAUGUCCAGGCGUGACCUGCACUCUCAGAUGUUCUGGCUUCCCCCGCUUAUGUUCGUCGGGCUACUGGGUGCACUCUGGAUUUGGAAGUGCGCCAUGAUGAUCGUUUUCCAGAACAAGAUUAUCUACAUGCCGGGCCUGCCGCCCAACGCUCGUCGCGAGCGCAUCCAGGACUAUGCCCGGGAAUGCGGGGGUGUCGUGUGGGAGGAGCGGAGAACCCGUGCUGCCGACGGAACCGACCUGGCACUCUGCGUCGCCAGCGUGGAAUCCACCGGUCCCAAGACCUCCACGUCGCCGGGGGCGUCUGCAUCUGGAAUUAUUCCCGUCUACAUUCUCUACUUUCAGGGAAAUGCCUCUUCCAUACCUCCUCGCUUACAGGACCUCUCUGCUGUCCUGAGAACCCUGCAGAGAGGGAAACAGCGCGCGCGCUAUACUAUGAUUUGUCUCAGCUAUCGGGGCUACUGGACCUCUCGGGGCCGUCCCUCCGAAAGGGGAAUCAACCUUGAUGCUCAGGCUGGUCUCGAGUACGUCACGCGGUUACACGAUGAACAGGAGCAACAACAAUCCGCCGAUAACGGGCCGAACCCACGGCCAGUGCUGAUCUUCUGGGGCCAGAGUAUCGGGUCCGGAGUAGCCACCAAUCUGGCUGCUGCGUGGGAGGACUUCCCUCGCACAAUCAGACUCGACGGCUUGGUCCUCGAAACGGCGUUCACGUCCGUCAAGGACAUGCUAGGGGCACUGUAUCCCUCCAAGUGGACUCCGUACCGCUACUUGUGGCCGUUCCUCCGGAACCAUCUCGACUCUCUAGCCAAUCUAGAUCAGAUCGCGCGGCUGAGGAGUGAUGACGGUGGACCGCCGCAUAUUACUUUGGUCGUGGCUGGACAGGACGAGCUGGUGCCGGCGGACCACGGUGCUCGACUGGAACAGCGUGGCCGGGAGCUGGGCCUGACGGUGGAACGGAAGAUUAUUCGUGGGACGUUUCACAACGAUGUCAUGUUCAGGGGAGAAGGUCGUAAGGCUGUCGCUGACUCGAUCGAGAAAGUGGUGGUGGCAACGUCACGGGAUGGUACGAAUAAUGGCUCAUGA